AUGAUCACUGUCUCCAUUCACACCCAGUAUGAUCACUGUCUCCAUUCACCCCAGUAUGACCACUGUCUCCAUUCACUGUCUCCCAGUAUGACCACUGUCUCCAUUCACCCUAGUAUGAUCACUGUCUCCAUUCACCCUAGUAUGAUCACUGUCUCCAUUCACCCCAGUAUGAUCACUGUCUCCAUUCACCCUAGUAUGACCACUGUCUCCAUUCACCCCAGUAUGUCUCCACCACUGGUUGCUAGACAUCACAGGUAUAAUAUAACAGAGGCUAGACCAAACACACAAGAAAGGUCAGGGGUUAGGGAACAGACGAUUAGAAACACACUAGAUAGGUCAGGGGUUAGGGACCAGACGAUUAGAAACACACUAGAUAGGUCAGGGGUUAGGGACCAGACGAUUAGAAACACACUAGAUAGGUCAGGAGUUAGGGACCAGACCAUUAGAAACACACUAGACAGGUCAGGGGUUAGGGACCAGACUAUUAGAAACACAAUAGACAGGUCAGGGGUUAGGGACCAGACCAUUAGAAACACACUAGACAGGUCAGGGACAAUUAGAAACACACUAGAUAGGUCAGGGGUUAGAGACCAGACAAUUAGAAACACACUAGAUAGGUCAGGGGUUAGAGACCAGACAAUUAGAAACACACUAGAUAGGUCAGGGGUUAGAGACCAGACAAUUAGAAACACACUAGAUAGGUCAGGGGUUAGAGACCAGACCAUUAGAAACACACUAGACAGGUCAGGGGUUAGGGACCAGACCAUUAGAAACACACUAGACAGGUCAGGGGUUAGGGACCAGACAAUUAGAAACACACUAGAUAGGUCAGGGGUUAGAGACCAGACCAUUAGAAACACACUAGACAGGUCAGGGGUUAGGGACCAGACAAUUAAAAAAAGCAGGGAUAUCAGACUGGGAACAAUCAAAUACUAG